AUGCCUGGUGAAGUUGGUAUCCACUACAGCGAUAAAUGGAGCAUCGAGGAAGGGACACGACCGGUUCUCAUCCCUUCCGAUGCAGCUGGGCUUAUAACCUUCACCACCAAGAAUGUGACAAUCACGGAACUAGUACUCGAGAGCUCGAGCCCUGUUGUCGUGCAAGGGUUAAGUGUUGGUCGAGUUCUGUGGGAAGGGCAUGCUAGGCUCAGUCCAUUACAGAGCCGUAUCGACAUGAUAGCCCAGUCGCUGUUGGUUGGGAUGACUCGGUCGCAGCUUGACGUGCCAGCUGAUGCGACUGCUGUUGAUGAGAUUCGAAUAAUCAGCGUAUCUCCGGUGACACUGUUCACCAUCGAAGGGCGUAUCAGCAUCAACAAUCCCUGGGCCAGUGGGCAUCGGAGCCUUGUUCUUGAGCCGAGAAGCAGGAGCAAAUACCGACGUGCUUGGCUAGGUAUUAUAGCUGACUCCGCCGACUUUGUCGACAUUAACUACAUCGCCGAUCACGGUUUGAGAUGGAAGCGAGCACCUUCAGCGAGAGAGGUAGAUCUCACACGAGGGGUCUACACCAAUGAUCUGUACUCGGAAAUCGUAACUAUGGCUCGCCCUACCCCUGGCUUCUUCAAGCUCUCUCAACACGUCGGCCGAGUUGUUAUGUCAAUAUGGGGUAAGACUCACGCUAGCAACGAGGAUUCGAUCAUUGAGGCAGCUCUCGCGACUACCACACAGGACACGGCAAUCGUAGAGUACCUCCGCUGGGCAGCAUUGAGUGGAAGCAAUCGCUCUGUUGUUGACGAUAGCGAGCUCGAUUCUGAGGAGUUAGCUGUGAGGAAAGAUAUGAAGGAAGUACUGGAUAUGAUGCACAAUAGAUUCCAUCAAAAGGCGAUCAAGAAGCCCAAGUAG